AGGGGGUUUCCUGACGUCAUUGAAGUAUUAAAUAUUCAGACGGAGCACAGAACUAUUCAGUGUUGUGUUGUGUGUGUUGUGACUACCAGUUAGUGACCUGUGCGUAAACGUAAAAUGAAGCCACUACUUCAAACAGUGGUGGCGAUAAGUCUGCUAUUGGCAGUACGAGCUCACCCUGAGAACAUAGAAGAUGUUAAGGAACUCCCACAAACCAAAGAACCAAUCGUUGAGGCUGAAGAAUCAAAACCACAGAAAAGACUAGAAAGAUGUAGUACAUGUGGACCCCUUAAUAUUAAGUCUCCCAAAGAAGUGUUAGCGGCACUUCAAGCAUUACCAGGCGCCGAAGUUCACACACAGCAAUCUUUCGAAGGAUGCUCCAGUGAAAAAGGUUGUGCUGGUGUUAAAGUUAAGGACGGACAAGUCGUCCAAAGGUAUGGAAAUGCCAACGCUUUUAAAGCUGCAGAAGCAGCAGACACAAGCAAUGAAUUCAACUUCCUGACCGCUGGUACUUUGGCUGCAAACCCCUUCUGGUGGAUGAACCAAGAUGGGCCAUUUAAAAAUGGUAACUUUGAAAAGUUUAGCAAAUCAAGCUUCUCCAGCUCAAGUUCAGGAGGCUUAAGUGGAGCCCUAAAUCUAGCAGCGAACCCAUUCUUGAACGGAGACUUUUCGAACGUAGCCACAAAACCAAACUUCCAAUCUUCAUCAUCAUCCUUCGAAUCCUCAUACAGUUCAAAGGGAGACUUGGAUUUAGCCAAGAACCCAUUCUUGAACGGCGGCUUUAAAGCUGGAGCAUCCGGAGCACAAAAUGCUGGAGCAUUCGGAGUACAAAAUGCGGGAGCAUUCGGAGCACAAACUGCUGGAACAUUUGGAGCACAAAAUGCUGGAGCAAUCGGAGCACAAAAUGCUGGAUUUGGAACUGGCUUAGGCCAAACAAAUUUAGCAGCGGGAGCUGGAAAUUAUGCUGCUGGAUCUAACAGCUUUGGUGCCCAGUCAAGUUUUAGUGCUCAGGGCAACUAUGGCGCUUCAAGCCUUGGAGGAAACUAUGCUGGAUCUGGUGUAAGACCGAUUGGUGUAGGUGGAUCAAAUGUAAACCUAGUCCAAACAGCACAAAAGGCUUCAGACUUUGACUUUUCUCAGCAAACUCAACAGAACAUUGAUGAGCUUUUCCAAGGAAGUGGCAAUGUAGAUACUUCCGGUGGCGAUCUGCAGCAAACCUGUGCUGGUCAAGGCUACAUAUGUGUACCCAGGGCUCAGUGUAACAAUGGAGUCGUAAACAGCAACGGAGCUAAUAUUCCUCAGGCGAAUACUAAGAAGCAGUACUGCAGCAUCAGCACUGAAAUUUGCUGUCGUCUUGAAGUCGCUACCGUCAACACCUUUGGUCAGACCAACCUCUUCCAAUCAAAUAAAGGAAUUGGCACAAAUGUACCAACACCCAACAUAAUCGAAACCGACUCCUAUUCCGCGGGAAGUGAAAACAAUGGUAUAUACCGACCAGGUGUAGUUGGACUAAAACCUGGUAUACCUUACCUCCCUCCAAUCGACAACACUAAUCAGCCUAGCAACAUCAUACCAUCUACAUUCCCUCCACCAAUCAUAACUCCACGCCCACUUCCCCCACGUCCGACUACCAUAAGACCGAUUACUCCAAUUAUCCCAAUUACCUCAACAGCUGCACCUGGUUAUUUACCACCAAUUGGGGAGCAGACGAUCAACAGAGAGACAAUCGUGCCCCCGAAUCCCAAUUACAUAGAAGGAUCGCUUUAUCUCGAUCAAAACAGACCUGGAACAACUCGACAACCCGUCCCAGUGAUACCAAAUGAUACGCCAGCUGGUUGCGCUGCUGCACUAAAAUGUACACCAAUCGAAUUCUGUACCGCUGAAGGAGUCAUUUCGAACACGACUGUCAUCCUCUCACGAGACCAGGACGCAUACAGAGUACCACUUACUGACUGCAGAGAUAUAGAAACUGGUCGUAUAGGAAAAUGUUGUCGUGAUCCAUUCUACACUGACCCCUGGCCGACCAACCAAUUGGGUAAAUGGGUUCCCGGAGUUUUUGGAGGCAAUGACGGAAAAUACGUUCCCGAUAGCCGCGGCAGUGCCAACAAUGUGAGACCUGUCACCCCACCUACCACUGGAUCUGUUAUUUUUGGAAACUUCAGAACGACACCAAAACCUACAGCACCAACAGGCUUCGCAACAAGUCCAGUUUCACGCUUCCCCACAACCGCCAUUCCAUUCAUACCAAAACCGACACCAGGAGUUGGUCAAUUCACCAAGGGCGGCCAGGGUCAAUUCACCAAGGGCGGCCAAGGUCAAUUCACCAAGGGCGGCCAAGGCCAAUUUACUAAGGGCGGACAAGGUCAGUAUGGCCUCGGAAGCCGAGGACAAGUUGGAGUCGUUGGACAAGGCCAAUUUUCACAAGUAGGAAAGAGCCAAGUUGGUCUUGCAAGUCAAUUUGGAAGAGGACAAGUAGCUUUAGUAGGACAAGGUGAUGCCACUCAACUAGGUGUCGGGCAAUACGGUCAAGGACAGUACGGCCAAGUAGGAAGAGGGCAAAUUGGCGUUACCGGUCAAGGCGUUAACACCCAGUUGGGCGUAGGACAGAGCGGUGUAGUCGGACAGGGACAGUAUGGUCAAGUAGGAAGAGGACAAAUUGGUAUAGCAAACCAAGGACAGUUUAGUCAAGUUGGUCGUGGACAAAUCGGUGUAGUAGGACAGGGAGAAGGGACCCAAUUAGGAGUAGGACAGAUCGGUGUAACUGGACAGGGACAAUAUGGCCAAAUAGGACGAGGGCAAACUGGUAUUGUCGGCCAAGGAGUAAAUACCCAAUUGGGCGUAGGACAGUUCUCUCAAGUUGGAAGGGGUCAAGUCGGAGUAGGCCAAGCCGUGGGGGUGGGACAAGGGCAAUUAGGCGUAGGACAAGUAGCCGGACAGGGACAGUUUUCUCAAACUGGACGAGGACAACUCGGAGUUGUAGGACAAGGCCAAAGCACUUUGGGAGUAGGACAAGUAGGCAGAGGCCAAAUCGGCGCAGGCCAAACUAACCUUAUAGGAUUAGGAGAAGGACAAGUUGGCGUAAGCCAAGUAGGGCAACAAGGACAAGUUGGUGUAGGACAAGUAGGACUAGCUGGUCAAGGUCAAUACUCACAAGUAGGAAGAGGACAAACUGGGCUAGUUGGUCAAGGUGUAUUCGAAGCUGGCGUUGUCGGCCAAGGCACACAGUUAGGAAUUGGGCAAAUAGGAGUAGUCGAUCAGGGUGAAUACACUCAGCUAGGAACUGGUCAAAUUGGUGUUGGUGGACAGGGACAAUACUCACAAGUCGGCAGAGGACAGAUUGGUGUAGGCACUACUGGUCAAAUAGGAGCUGGAUCGCAAGUGACCAAUGCUUUCUCUAGGGGACAAGGACAAAUUGGUGUUCAAGGCAUUGGUGCUCAAGGAGUAAGCAGCCAAGGAGCCAUAGCUAAUCAAGGAUUUGGCACACAAUUAAACGGUGGUCAAGGACAACUUGGCGUUCAAGGAAUCGGUGCACAAGGAGUUGGUGGUCAAGGACAACUUGGCGUUCAAGGAAUCGGUGCACAAGGAGUUAGUGGACAAGGACAACUUGGCGUUCAAGGAAUCGGUGCACAAGGAGUUGGUGGUCAAGGACAACUUGGUUAUCAAGGAAUUGGUGGUCAAGGACAGUUUGGUAGCCAAGGCAUUGGCGCACAAGGAGCCAUUGGUCAAGGACAGUUUGGUAGCCAAGGUCAAGGCCUUUUAGUGUCCCAAGGACAAGGAGAAAUUGUUAGUCAAGGUCAAGGACAGUUAGUGUCACAGGGUGAAGGGCAACUUAUUAGCCAGGGACAAGGUCAAUUUGGUGUUGGUGGUCAAGGACAAUUUGGAGUGGGUGGAAUUGGACAAUAUGAAACGCAAGGACAGGGACAACAAGGCUUUGGAGUGAUCAACCAAGCUAGUGGGCUCUCAAAAGCCUCAGGGCAACUUGUUAGCCAAAGCCAAGGAAAAAAGGUCACCCAAGGACAAGGCCAAAAGGUUACCCAAGGACAAGGCCAAAAGGUCACGCAAGGAAUAGGCCAGUAUGUUACCAACGGGCAAGGAACGAUAGUGAGCCAAGGAGGUGGCGCGUAUAUUGAACAAGGGCAAGGGGAAGCUAUUUCUCAAGGAUUUGGUUCUGGCAUCAGACAAGGUCAAGGAUUCGCGGUGUCCCAAGGAAAUGGCUUUGGAGUUGAAAACGAGUACGGAGAAUCAGUGCAGAGAGUCUUCCUACAGAGAUACAAUGGAGAUGGAAAGUGCGGACUUCUAAAUCCCCAAAGACCAUACGGUAAUAAGGCAGAUCUAGAAGUAGACUUCGCGGAGAUCCCAUGGCAGGCUAUGGUAUUGCUGCAGACCAACAAGAGUCUCCUUUGUGGGGGAGUCAUCACAAGACCUGACGUUGUCGUCACGUCCGCUGCCUGCGUUGAAGGCCUCGAAGCAAAGAACGUUCUUAUCAAGGGUGGGGAAUGGAAACUAGGAAUCGACGACGAACCACUACCUUUCCAGAUUGUUCAAGUGAAACACAUCCUCCGUCAUCCCCUAUACAAACCCGGAAGCCUUCUCUAUGAUGCUGCAGUACUAGUAUUAACAGAGAACCUUAGGCUGUCGAAGAACAUCAACCCAAUUUGUUUGCCAAGUUCAAAGGAGUCUGUCGCACCCUUCUAUAAUGGAGUUGGAGAGUGUAUCGUUACUGGAUGGGGCAAGAUUGUGUUGCAAGCUCACUUAGAGGGUGCUAUAAUGCAUAGCCUGAACGUGUCGCUAAUCAACCCCGGAGAAUGCAAAGCGAAGUUAUCUUCGGAUUACCCUCACCUGCUGGAGCAAUACAAUGAAGAUAGCUGCGUGUGUGGACAGCCUACUAACCCAUUGAAUAACAUUUGCAAGGUGGAUAUCGGAAGUGCUCUGGCGUGUACCACCGGUGAUGGUCGAUAUGUGAUGCAGGGCGUGUACUCUUGGGACUCAGGAUGUCAAGUCGGUAACCAGAUUGCAUCAUUCUACAAAUUCGACCUCGAAUGGUACGAAUGGUCCAUUGGUUUGAUCGAGAGCGUACGAUUUGCGCAGUUCACCACCAUCACCACUGGAAAAAUAACAGGCUUCAAAAGCGGAGUACAGACCCAGUUUGGUCAAUCAGGUGUCAAUGGCCAGUUUGGUUCCCAAUUUGGUUCAGGUGUAAAAACCCAGUUCGGCGGAGCCAGUGAAGGUUCAUCAGGUAUUGGCUUCUCAGGCGUCAAAGGCUUCGCUGUUUCCGGUAAAGGCCAGUAUGGCUUCGAAGGAGCCGGCCAAUCCGCCAACCAAGCACAAUUCUCAGCGAUCAACCAAUUCGGCAAAUUUGGAGCCCAAAACUUCGAGUCUGGUUUCAAUAGCCAAAUCAAUUCCCCAAUCAAUAAGGCGUUCAGCGCGUCUUACUCAGAGAAAAAAGUAUUCCAAACCGAACCUAAAAUAAUAACAUACACGACUAAACCCGAAAUCGUUACUUUUACGACAAAACCGGAGAUUUUCACUUUCACAACCAAACCCAAAAUUGUCACAUACACCACUAAACCCAAAUUUAUCACCUAUACAACGAAACCAAAAAUCAUAACGUACACAACUAAACCACAAAUUAUCACUUACGAAACGUCAGGCAGUGGUAAUAACCCACAAUAUGUAGCCCCUGGUGUAACAUUUAAUCCUAAUUUCUCCGAUUUGAUUGGACACAAGCACGAUUCUCAGUGUAAAUGCGCUAAGAAAUAAUUUUUAACAGUAUUUUAAUCUCCCGACAGCGUUUUGCUGAAUAAGUUAUCAAUAUUUUAAAGUGUAUCAAUAAUUUUAUAGCAGCGCCCUCUAUUAUUUUAGUGCCAUAAUGUUUAUACAUUUGUUACAUUGGAACAAUUAACUUCAGUUCCUAAUCCGAAAUCAAUAAGCUUGACGAUCUAACAGGCACAUUCUAAUGAACCUAAACUUUAUAGUUUUAUUUCGAACUAAAUCGUUAUUGUAAACAAAAAAUGUAAAUACAUAGGUUAUAUUACAUUAAGGGCUUUUUCCUUCAACUUUUCUCAACUAUCGAAAAGUAUUUGUUUCCAUACCAGCUUACGUAAGCAUAAUUUGUCUGUUUUCAUGACAGUACACAAAUGAACUUAUUACUCUAUUUUGCUGAAAAAAGGCCAUAUAUACCUUAUAUAUUAUACGGCUUAGCGUAAAAACUGCCAUUUUAAUAACAUAAGCACGAUAUUUAUAAGAAAAAGUAUUUUUUGACGAUUUUUAUUUCGAAUUAGACAUUUGACCAUUUUGGAGUUACUCCGAAAUGGUCGACUCUCUAAUAUAAUUGGUAUAAGAUAUAAAAUAAGUUUAUUUUUAUAUAAAAUUUUAUACGAUUAUAGUUAUUUAGUCAAUA